AUGGCAUCCUAUGACUCUGCGUCCACAUCACUCAGCGUAGCUUCUCCUCCAAUUGAACGACACCGUCUCAGGCGUAAACGCUCUCCUUCCCCAUCAUCUCAACACUUCACCGUAAAUCCAUUUGCUGCACAUCGCCCAUAUUCCCCCUCAACCCGCGCGUCUGACAUCGCUCGCCUCCUUGACCCAACAUAUGCAUCACCUUCUCAUCAAUCAGCUUUCAAGCCACUAGGGUCCAGAACUGCUAUUAGAGAGGUUUAUGUUGAUCAUCACGGUGACCUCCACGACCCAGAUUUCCGUGACUUUCCCACUUUUGGUCAUGCGCACUCUAAACCGAGCUGGGAGCGGGCAUAUGCAGAUGAGAGUGAUGCAGAGGAAGAUGAGCAGAUCUUUCAGAGAAACGUAUCAAUUGAGAAGCAACGGAGACGGCCAUCCACUACCACCUACUACGCCGCUCCUGCAUACUACCCUUACGACGAGCCUUCGUCGUAUGAGUCGAGAAACAUAGCUGAAGUCGAUGAUGAAGACGAACAGCUAGAUCACCAUGAACGCGCACCUCUCAAGGAGAAGUGCUUUGCUACCCGAUCAAAGUCUCCUCAGACUGAGAAGGAGACAUAUCCUGAGAACCCUCAUAUCGAGGGACCUUUGCCUCUUGCAGCUGACAGCGACUUCACACCUACGUGUGGACAUGCUGUUCGCCGUCAGUGGCACGCAUUCACACUGAGCCUGCGCUUCAGUCUAUUCCGGACUAAGCGUAGAAUUCAGCGCAGGAUGUCUGGCUAA